UUACAACACUUUUCAAUUUUUCUUAGUGAUCAGUGACAAACGAAAAUAUUUGUAAACUUACAAAACGCGUACACAUCGUCCGUUUCUGGUGUUUAUUUUUAUCCGAGCAUUGUUUACCAUUUAUGUACCUUCUAAAAUACUCAACAUCGAACAGUAACUGAUAACGCAGCCUCACUCGAGAUGUCGUGGGAAGAACCGCUUGUCGUCGAAGAGGUGUACUUCUACGAGAAGGAGAACGCGACCGCCCAUCGAACGAUUAAUUAUGAGUUGGUGCAUUUGGACCCGCCGACACCAGUCCUCAGAAGAGGGCAAACAUUCAACCUCGCACUCCGAUUCAACCGCGAUUACGUGGACGCCACGGACGUUGUCCGAAUGCUGUUCAGUUUCGGUCCGAACCCGAACGUUCUUAGGGGCACCAGGGGCGUCAACACUGUCACCAACAGGGACACUUAUCUGACCGAUUUGGAGGCAUGGGGCGUGCGAAUGGUUGGCAUGAGCGGCGUGGACCUGUCCGUGGAGGUCCGGAGCCCCAUCGAUAGUCCCGUUGGCGUUUGGCAAUUGAACGUGGAGACCACCACCGUCGGCAGAAAUCGGUCCCCAAAUACGUACAACUGCGAGAAGGAUAUAUAUUUGCUGUUCAAUCCGUGGUUGAAAGAGGACCUCGUGUUCAUGGAAGAGGAGCAGUUGCUAGACGAAUACGUAUUAAACGACGUUGGAAAGAUAUGGGUUGGCCCGUGGGGAAGUUCCCGCGGCAGGGAAUGGGUUUUCGGUCAAUUUGACGCUUCCGUGCUUCCGGCUUGUCAGCUGUUGCUAGAACGGUCCAGCAUCAAGGCCACGUCUAGAGGAGAUCCCGUGAAAAUGUGUCGAGCCAUUUCGAGAAUUAUGAAUUCCAACGACGACCAAGGCGUGAUCACGGGCCGCUGGGACGGCGAAUACGACGACGGCACCGCGCCGGCUGCGUGGACCGGAAGCGUGGCGAUUCUCGAGAAUUUUUUGGAAACCGAGGAGUCGGUCAAGUACGGCCAAUGCUGGGUCUUCGCUGGAACAGUGACCACGGUGUGCCGAGCCCUCGGAAUACCGUCCAGGGUGGUUUCGAACUUGGUUUCAGCGCACGACGCGAACGCCUCGCUGUCCGUCGAUCGUUACUACGACAAGGACAACGAGGAGCUGGAAUACGAUCCGAGAAACGACGGUGGCGAGGAUUCCAUCUGGAAUUACCACGUUUGGAACGACGUGUGGAUGGCCAGACCGGACUUGCCGAAAGGCUACGGCGGAUGGCAAGCUAUCGACUCGACCCCUCAAGAACCUUCCGAGGGCGUUUAUCAGUGUGGUCCAGCCUCUGUCGAGGCUAUCCGGCAAGGUGCUGUUGGAUACAAUUAUGACGUGACCUUCAUGGUGGCUUCGGUGAACGCUGACCUUAUGAGAUGGAAGGAGGACCCGGAGAGCGAUUUUGGCUACUCGAAAAUCGACUGCAAUAAGUACCACAUCGGCCGUAUGAUAUUGACAAAGGCACCUUGGAUCUUCGAUCCUAACGGCGACAGGGACAGAGAGGACAUCACGUCGCUGUACAAGGCGAAGGAAGGUACCGAAGCGGAACGAUUGACAUUGUACAGAGCAGUGCGGAGCACCGAGUUAGCCAAAAGAUUUUAUUCUCUGCCUUCGCCGGGCAAAGAGGACGUUGAGUUCGACCUGAUCGACCUCACGCGCGUGUUCAUCGGCAAAUCGUUCGCUGUCACGGUUAACAUGAAGAACAAAUCGGACCAGCCGCGAACUAUUCAAGCUAUUCUAUCCGCUGGCAGCGUGUACUAUACCGGAAUCAAGGCGAAUCUAGUGAAGAGAGCGUCCGGUGAUUUUGUGCUUCAGCCCAACGCAACCGAACAAUUGCGACUCACAGUCACCGAGGACGAUUAUCUGGAUAAGCUAGUGGAGUAUUGUAUUAUGAAACUAUACUGCAUCGCCACGGUCAAGGAAACCAGACAAACAUGGGCCGACGAGGACGACUUCCAGGUCUUGAAACCCAACAUCAUGAUCAAGAUCGAGGGAGAUCCAACUGUCGGGAAACCAUCGACCAUCAGCCUUAGUUUCGUAAACCCGUUGAGGAGGGUGUUGACAGACUGCAAAUUCAAUUACGCCGGGCCUGGCCUCUCGAAGAACAAAACGUUGGUGUUCCGUAACGUUGAACCCGAAGAGCAUAUUUACGUCGAGCACCAAUUGAUUCCGCAGAAAUCCGGAUCGCAAAAGAUCAUCGCCACCUUCAGCUCGAAGCAGUUGGUGGACAUCACAGGAUCCGCUUCCGUCGACGUCCUCGACCCAGACGAGUGAACGUCGAUUAAUCACUCGAUUAUCGAUAUUUUUGUAUCGCGUUUUAGAAUUAAUUUUGUAUUUUAAUCUUGACCAAUUCCAAGAAUACUCGAGCUCCGUGUGUAUGCUCGAUAUAGUACGCGCGCCUUAAACUUCGACGAUUAUCGAUGUUUCAUCGCGUUUUAGAAUUAGACUUUUUCUAUUCGAAUCAGAUAAUACUUGAAUUGUUCUGAUAAUACUUGAAUUAUUUGCCCAUGUACGUCGACGCAUGUGCACCCGGAAUUUUCUCAAUCAUCGAUAUUUCCGUGCGUUUUAGAAUCGAUUUCGCAUUCGAAUGACACCAGUUUGAAAACCACUUCAAUCGUUCAUCCGUGCGUGUUGACGCACGCGCGUCGAACUGUUUGCAAUUGUUACAGAAAUAUUCAGUUACGUAUCGAAUAAUUUCAACCAGGUUUCAUACGUAUCGAUUACUUUUCACACUUCGCAUUAAAGAGAGCAUAUUCGCAUUAACGAUCGCUGCAUCUCGCCUUCUGCAACGUCGUUUCUUACGUUUGUAUACAAUUGUUUAUUUCUCUAUACCCUGCCACGGUUGCACCGCACCGAAACUUAAUAAACGACCGUCUAAAAAACACUUAGAACA